UGACGCACCGCCGCCAUGGAGCCGCGAGCCAACGGCACCCACCUGGACCUGGGCACCGCCCUCUCCUGGAAGUACCUCUUCUCCGACCUGGCAGACCCGCGCACGUCGCAAUGGCCGCUCAUGAGCGACCCCAUCCCGCUGCUGUCGCUGCUCGCCUUCUACAACUACUUCUCGCAGAAGCUGGGCCCCGCCCUCAUGGCCAACCGGAAGCCCUUCAGUCUGUACCACACGCUCAUCGCCUACAACCUCCUGCAGGUGGUGCUGUCGUGCUACCUCUUCUACCAGGCCUCCAGGCUGGCGUGGCUGCGGGACUACAGCUGGCUGUGCCAACCCGUGGACUACAGCACCACGCCCAGGGCGCUUGAGAUUGCUGACGCGUGCUACCUGUACUUCGCGUCCAAGCUGACGGAGCUGCUGGACACCGUGUUCUUUGUCAUGCGCAAGAAGGACCGGCAGGUGAGUUUCCUGCACCUGUACCACCACACCGUCAUGCCCAUCGUGUCGUGGGGCUGCGUCAAGUACAUGCCCGGCGGCCACGGGACGUUCAUCGGUUUCGUCAACAGCUUCGUGCACAUCCCCAUGUACAUGUACUACCUGCUGUCGGCCAUGGGCUACCACGACCUGUGGUGGAAGCCGUACAUCACCAGGCUGCAGUUGGCCCAGUUCUGUGCCACCUUCAUCCACUCGUCGCAGCUGUGCUUCCGCGACUGCGGCUUCCCCCGCUUCACCCUCAUCUUCACGCUGCCCAACUCGGUCUUCUUCUACUUCCUGUUCCAAGACUUCUACGGCAAGGCCUACAGCGGCAAAGCCUGCAGCGCUGCCCCCGCGCCCAAGCCCCUCGACGAGUCCAACAACAACGACAAGCAGCCAAAGCUCGUACUCGGGGGGGCGAAAGAGCUCGUACCGCAGGCCGAGUGUCAGGAGAGCUGGACUUCCCCGAAGGCCAAGUGCGACUAGCGCGGAAAGAAAAACUUGGGCCGGGCUCAGUUCCAGCCAGAAAUGCGGGUCUUGUGACUUGUGUCAGUUGUAAAUAUCAUUAUUUUGUGUAUAUAAGAAUAUGGAGCCAGCGAUAUCGUACCCAACCGGAAUGCAGUUGCCCACUAACCAUUCACAGCCAUUGGUCGCUAUUGAUUUCGAAGUAAAACACUUGUGUGUGAACCCGUGUUUAAUUUACGGGGAAAAUGUGAGGUGUCCACCAGCUUAUCAGGACUAUGUCUGAUUUGAUUACUAGGGUCCAGCAUUGUACCCAAUUUGUUUUAUGAUCGAAAAAAGAUCUUAAUUAGUUAUAUUGUGUUUCAUCAAUCCUUUGGAGUGAAAUAAAAGUUAAGUUUGAGAAAAA